AUGGGUGAGAAGAAACGAAAGAGCCUCGACGCUCUCGCGGAAGCGCCGAGCAAGAAGAGCAAGAAAGGCGACGCAACCGAUGUUCCCACUCAAAAGAAGAGCAAGAAAAUCGAAACCACUGACAUUGUUGUACCUACCGCUGCUGCUGUGUCCAAGCAGAAGAGGAAGCGUGCGGCUGACUUUCUGGACGACGACGAAGACGCUGGUGGAGUAGACGUGCCUGCUGCGCAAUCAGAGUCAACCAAACCGAGCAAGAAGUCAAAGAAGAAGCAGAAUGGCAGCAAUGCAGCCGAAACCCUCACGGCCGACGGCUCAAAUGGCGUGGUAGAGCACGCAGGCGACGAGCAUGUCGAGACGAUCACCAAGGCGCCUAAGAAGACCAAGUCUAUGCAGCAAGAGGCGCAAGACACAGUCGACAAAGAAAUCGAGGACGAGUUCGCAGCCUUUUCCGAGGAUGACAACCAGUCAACAAAGAUCAUAGUCGACCCUGUCGGCUCUAACUCUGAUGAUGACGAAGGAACCAACAUCGACACCACCGCUGCCCUUCUCACCGGACUCGACAGCGACAGCGAUGACGAUGCCGCAGACACCGGCGACCUCACCCGCACCCCCGCCCUCCCCGACUACAAGAAGACGACAAAGAAGCUCCGCCAAGCCAAAGAACAAAAAUCCGGCGAGGAUACCCCCGGCACAAUCUACGUAGGCCGCAUCCCUCACGGCUUCUACGAGCCCCAAAUGCGCGCCUUCUUCACCCAAUUCGGCGACAUCACCCGCCUGCGUCUAGCACGUAAUAAGCACACCGCUGCGUCCAAACACUUCGCUUUCAUCGAGUUCGCAAGCUCCGAAGUAGCCAAGAUCGCCGCUGCAGCGAUGGAUAACUACCUCAUGUUCGGGCAUAUCCUGAAGUGCAAGUAUGUCGAGGCGGAGGCGUUACAUCCGGAUACGUUCAAGGGCGCGAAUCGAAAGUACAGGAAGAUUCCGCAUGUGAAGCUAGAGGGAAAGAGGUUGGCGGAAGCAAAGAGCGUAGAAGCAUGGAGUCGCAAAAACGAGAAGGAGAAACACAAGCGCCAGAAGAAGGCGAAGUUGUUGAAGGAGAAGAUGGGGUAUGAUGCGCCGAGUGGACGCUUGGUAGAUCCGGCUGAUGUUGUGGCGGCGGCGGCGAGCAAGCAAGCGCAGAUCGAGGAGAAGCCGGUGGAGGAGCGCAAGGAGAUCGCUGAUGUGGCAGCAACGAAUGGCAUAGCGAACGGCACAUCGAAGGAGAAGAAGGCGAAGAAGGACAAGAAAGCCGUCAAAGAUCAGACAUACAUCGCUGAUGCGGUGGUUGCGAAUGGCUCAGCGCAGGAAAAGCAGACGAAGAAGGCGGAGACUGAGGUGAAGGAGACCAAGAGUGAGCCGAAGGACAAGAAGAAGGCCAAAAAGGUCAAGAGCGCUGCAGUUGUGGCUUAG